AUGCCGCAGGUGGCCACCCCUCUCCGCCUGCUCCUCCCCCUCUCCCAAACCCUAGCGUCGGCCCCCGAGCCUCUCCUCCACCUCUCGCGCCGCCUCCUCUCCUCCUGCCCCGCCUCAUUCGGCCGCGCCGCCAGCCUCCGCGCCCUCGCCUACCGCCGCCGCCGGCACCCCGAACCUCGCCGCGGGAGCAGCACGCUCGGGAAGGCGCCCGCCAAGGAGGAGAUGGACAAGGAGGUGGCGUUCAACAGGAAGCGGGCCGAGGGGAAGGACGGCGCGAAGCGCGGGAGCAUGGAGCUCAAGACCCGCAGGCUCAACCCCGUCAACACCACCUGCUACGUGCAGAUACUUGGUACAGGAAUGGACACACAGGACACUUCACCUUCUAUUUUACUCUUCUUUGACAAACAAAGGUUUAUUUUUAAUGCGGGCGAGGGUCUUCAACGUUUCUGUACUGAACACAAGAUAAAACUAUCAAAGAUUGACCAUAUCUUUUUGACACGCGUGUGCUCAGAAACUGCAGGGGGCCUUCCAGGCCUGGUGCUAACUCUAGCAGGAAUUGGAGAUGAGGGCAUGUCGGUGAACAUAUGGGGACCAUCUGAUCUUGACUUUUUAGCUGGGGCGAUGAGAUCUUUUAUCCCAAAUAGAGCAAUGCUUCACACACACAGCUUUGGUACUGACCAAAAUGCAUCUUCACCACAAUCUAAAGACUCCAUUAUUAUUCUUGAUGAUGAAGUAGUUCGGAUAUCUGCAAUGUUUGUCAAACCAAGGUACCAUAAUGGAAUUGGUAGUUCAAAUGAUAGUGACAUGAAGCCUGGUGAUACUGCUAUAGUAUAUGCCUGUGAGUUGCCAGAAAUUAAGGGAAAGUUUGACCCAUCUAAGGCUGCUGCCCUUGGCCUUAGGGCUGGGCCCAAGUACCGUGAACUUCAACUUGGGAAUUCUGUGCAGUCUGAUCAAUUUGAUGAAAUGGUUCAUCCAAGUGAUGUUCUUGGUCCGUCAAUUCCUGGACCAACUGUUCUUCUGGUGGAUUGCCCCACACAGUAUCAUAUGCCAGAACUUUUUUCACUGCAACCCCUUAGCUGCUUUUAUGAAGAUUCUCCAGAGCAAAGUGGCAAGAAAGUAAAUUGCAUAAUCCACUUAGGUCCAUCAUCUGUGACUAGAUCUGUUGACUAUCAGAACUGGAUGAAAAAAUUUGGUGCAACACAACAUAUCAUGGCAGGACAUGAAAUUAAAAACAUGGAAAUUCCUAUCUUGAAAGGUAGUGCAAGGAUAUCAUCACGCCUCAACUUUGUAUGCCCUCAGCUCUUCCCAUCCUCUGGGUUUUGGUCUGUACAACCUCCAAAUGAUGUCAUGGAGAAUGAUAAGAAUGCUUCAUUGGAAGCCUGUGGAAGUGUGUCUGCGCAAAACCUACUAAAGUUUCACCUGCGUCCGUAUGCUCAACUGGGUUUGGAUAGAGCUUCUAUUCCAAACUUGUUCACCUACAAGGAUAUUGUACAAGAGCUUGUAUCUGAGAUCCCAGAGGUUAGUGAAGUUCCUGAACAGGUUCGCCAAUUCUGGCAAAAUAAUGUGAAUGAUAAAAAUACACUACCACCAACUGGCAAUCGUAUGGUUGAAGAACCAUGGAUCAAUCAAAAAUCAGAUAAGCUAGAUGAUGUCACUCCUUUUCAAGAAAUUGUCUGGGGAAAGCAUCCAAGGGACAGUCAGGAGACCCCUUGUUGUGUGGAGGAUGCAACAAGGGAAGAUAUGGAGAUCACUUUUUUGGGUACAGGUUCAUCUCAGCCUUCAAAAUACCGGAACGUAAGUUCCAUAUAUAUUAACUUAUUUGCACAAGGAGGUAUACUUCUGGACUGCGGUGAAGGAACUUUAGGACAACUGAAAAGGAGAUUUGGUGUAAAUGGUGCCGAUGAAGCUGUAAAAGGUUUGAGGUGUAUUUGGAUUUCCCAUAUUCAUGCUGAUCACCACACAGGGUUGGCUAGAAUUCUUGCUCUAAGGUCUAAAUUGUUAAGGGGGAUGCCUCAUAAACCCUUGCUUGUGAUUGGACCAAGGCCACUUGAGAGAUUCCUAAAUGCAUAUUCAACGCUUGAAGAUCUUGACAUGCAGUUCCUAGACUGCAGGCAUACUUUGAAGUCUAGUGUUGAGGCCAUUCUCAGUGAAAAUGAUACUGAAUCAGCCAUACCUCAACUGGAGAACACAAUGUUUGCCCCUGGAAGUAGAAUGGAGAACUACAACAGGAAGCCUGCAAGUCCAAGGGAUACCACAGCUCUUGCUAAUUUCAAAGAAGUUCUACAGGAAUCAGGUUUAGAGAUUCUGUAUAGUGUCCCUGUACUGCACUGUCCACAGGCAUUUGGAGUUGUUUUCAGGGCCAUGGAGAAAACAAACAGUGCUGGAAAGGUAAUUCCAGGCUGGAAGGUUGUAUAUUCUGGCGACACACGACCAUGUCCAGCUCUUAUAGAUGCAUCCAGAGAUGCCACAGUGCUAAUACAUGAGGCAACAUUUGAGGACAGUAUGAAGGAUGAAGCGAUCGCGCGGAACCAUAGUACAACCAAGGAGGCCAUAGAAGUAGGCACAUCGGCUGGAGCAUACAGGAUAAUUCUGACCCACUUCAGCCAGCGAUACCCAAAAAUCCCAGUUAUCGACGAGGUUGAUAUGAAGAAGACCUGCAUCGCCUUUGACCUGAUGAGCGUAAACCUUGCGGAUCUGCCAGUUGUGCCCAAGGUUCUACCACACCUGAAGGUCCUGUUCAAGGACGAGCUGGUAGUUGACGAGGCCGAUGAGAUCCAAGAGGCUGCUGUGUACUGA